UCUCUUUCAGCCCCUCAGUUCCUUCUCACUCAAACACAGAGUUCCAGUUCCCUGGUGCUCUGCAGGCUCCAGAGGGGGAGGAGGCGGAGCAGGAGGCGGGGAUUCCCAGUUAAAAGCCUCCAGAAUCUAGUACUCGGCAGACGGAGCUGAAGUACCGGGGCCUCUUCCUCUGGGUCUGAAUCAGUCGGUGACCCCGCCCCUUGGAUUCUGUAAGGUCUCAGCCCUGCCUUCUCGCUCUCCCAGAUCCCACCAUGGGACAUCCCCCAGCCGCUGCAGUCUGGAUCUGGACGUUUUUGCUAUUGGUGCUGGAAGCCUGGACAGGACACUUGAGGGCACAGGAGUCCAAGGUGCUGGGUGGCCAGGAGUGUGAGGCCCAUUCACAGCCUUGGCAGACAGCCUUGUUCCAGGGUGUCCGGCUGCUAUGCGGGGGCGUCCUCAUCGAUGACAACUGGGUCCUCACAGCAGCCCACUGUAAAAAACAGAAGUACACGGUACGCCUGGGGGAACACAGCCUGAAGAAAAAGGACAGUUCAGAGCAAGAAAUGGCUGUGGCUCAGUCCAUCCCACACCCCUGCUACAACAGCAGCAGCGAGGACCACAGCCAUGAUCUCAUGCUCAUCCGACUACGUGGUCAGGCAUCCCUGGGGCCCCAAGUGAAGCCCAUCAACCUGGCGGAUCACUGCCCUCAAGCUGGCCAGAAGUGCACCAUCUCGGGCUGGGGCACCGUCACCAGCCCCCGAGAGAAUUUUCCUGACACCCUCAACUGCGCAGAAGUAGAAAUCUUUCCCCUGAAGAAGUGUAAAGAUGUCUACCCUGAGGAAGUCACAGAUGGUAUGAUUUGUGCAGGAGACAGCAAUGGGGCCGACUCAUGCCAGGGAGAUUCCGGGGGCCCGCUGGUGUGUGAUGGUGUUCUCCAAGGCAUCACAUCCUGGGGAUCAGACCCCUGCGGGCGGCCCGAGAGACCUGGUAUCUACACCAACAUUUGCCGCUACUUGGACUGGAUCAAGAAGACCAUAGGCAGCAGGGGUUGAUGCUAGGACAAGCUCUGGACCCGCUUCAAUAAACUCACAACUCAGCCUUGCUCCUUGCCUGUCUGUGCUU